GCUGAGCUGCAGCUCCGGCCACGACGCCGUCCUCUUCAGCUCCGUCGAAGCGAGCGAGCCGCGCGGGCCAUCGGUGGCGCUGCCGAAGACGAGGUGCGUGCUGGCUGGGUGGUAGUAGAGGAGGGCGGCGAUGGGGAACUGCCAGGCGGCGGAGGUGGCGGCGGUGGUGAUCCAGCAUCCGGGCGGCAAGGUGGAGCGGCUCUACUGGCCGGCCACCGCGGCGGACGUCAUGCGCAGCAACCCCGGGCACUACGUCGCCCUCGUGUUGCUCCGCGUCUCGUCUUCCUCCUCCUCCUCCUCCUCCGGCGGCGGCGGCGGCAAGGUCGAACACUCCGCCGCCGCCGUCGUGGACGAAUCCGGAGGGGCGGCCAAGAUCACCAGGAUCAAGCUGCUCAAGCCCAAGGAGACGCUGCUCCUCGGCCAGGUCUACCGACUCGUCACCUCCCAAGAGGUGACCAAGGCGCUGCAGGCAAGGCGACAGGAGAAGAUGCGCCGGUGCAAAGAGGUGACCGACCCCCACCCCCACCGGCAACCGCAGACCGGCGACUCUGCCACCGCCGCCGCCGCCGCCGCCAGCGAAGAACAGAGGAGACCCUCCGACCACGAGGACCGAACGCCGGCGGAGAAAGACCGGCACCGGAGCAACGCCGCCGCCGCCGGCAGAGGGCGGAACUGGCGGCCGUCGCUGCAGAGCAUCUCCGAGUCGGCGAGCUGACACGUGCAGGGCCGGAUCAUGACACACGGCUCGAUCAUACUGCAAUUAGUACAGAGUGGGGUUUGGUUUAAUUUGGUAGAAAUGUACAUUAGUUGGAGGAGAGUUUCUUCUUGGUAGGCCAGUGAAAGAACUCCCCAGCUUCAGAGUAGUUUGCUGCUACUGCUAGGAUCGAUCAUCAAAUCAGUUCAUCAGCAUGAGCUCUGCUUCCUGCUGAUUCAGACAUGAACUACAGAAAAUUCCAUGGCGUGAUCUCUUUGUUGUUCGAUCCGCUUGGUCUCUUGGAACAGAAAAAAGAAGAAAAAACAGGUCGAUGUAAUUGUAUCUGCCUCACAGCUGAAAUAGAAUUUCAAGAUGCUACAGGGCCAUGCAUCCCUUUAGCCAUA